UCUUCAAACAACAAAUUAAUCUAUUUUUUUUUAGCUUAAGCUACAUGAAGAGAGAUGGAUUUCGAGGAGGAGGGGGAGAGGUUGAGUGCAUCCGAAUGGCAAACGUCUUGAUGCUUCUCUCUCAAGGCGUCGCCGGCGCCGGCGCCGACGAGGGAGGUUGCUUCAUGCAAUUCUGCUGCCGUCCGUCGAAGCCCAAGCCGAAGUCGACGUCGACGUCGACGUCGGGGCGGGUGUUCGAGUGCAAGACGUGCAACCGGCGGUUCCCUUCCUUCCAAGCGCUCGGCAGCCACUGCGCGAGCCACAAGAAGCGGCGCCUGGAGGCGGCCGGCGACCCCCGCGUCCAAGAUGCCCCCGGCAAGAUGAAGGUGCAUGAGUGCUUCAUCUGCGGCCUCGAGUUCUCCGUCGGCCAGGCCUUGGGUGGCCACAUGAGGCGGCACCGGGUGACGGUUGCCGGCACCGUCGUCGAAGGUGGAUUAAUUGUGGCGGGGAAGAAGGCCGGCGGCGAGGAACAUCGGAGAGAGAUGCUGCUGGACUUGAAUCUUCCGCCGUUGGAGAAUGAUCUCAAGCUCGGGUUGGGGUUGGAAAAUCUGGCGGUGCAGGAUAAAACGAUACCCACACACUGA